AUGAUUAGACUAUUGUUAUUAAGAACUUUAGGAGAAAAGUAGAUUAAUAAUAAAAAAUAUUAGUUGUUGGUAUAAGAAAUAUUUAUAAUUAAAUUUAUAAAUAAAUAUAUGAAUGCAAAAUUUGAUACUCUUUGUAGAUAUUAUAAUAAAGGAAAUUGUAGAAAAGGAGAUUAAUGUGAAUAUUAACAUGAUACAUAAAAUAUUGAGAAAGUUAAUUUAGUUAGAGAUGAGAAGGGGAAAUUGGAUAUAAAGAGGAAUAAUGAUUUUUAAUAUGAGAGAGGGAAUACAAGAGGAAGAGAUAGAGGUAGAGGUAGAGGAAGAGGUACAUAUGAGAGAUAAUAAGAUGAUGAAAAAGGAAGAGAGAAUGAGAAGAUAGUUAAAAAUUAAGAGAUUGAUUAAUAAUAAUAAAAGAAUUAAUAUGAAUAAAGUGAGUAGAAAGGAUUUGGAUAAAAUUAGGAAGGAAAUAAGGAUAGAUAAAUAAAAUAGAAAUAGAAUGGAAAUGUAAAUUAAUAAGAAGGUUAUAAUUAAUAAGGUGAAUAAAGAGAGAGAAACAAUGUAAAUUCAAAGAGAUGGGAAAGACAUUAUAAUAAUGAUUAUGAGGAUAAUUAGAAUUAAUUUAAUUAAAAUAAACAUAGAAAAAAUACAUUUAUAGUUUAAAAUAAAGAAAAAGAAAUGGUGAAAUAGAAUAGAUAGUUAAAUGAGGGAUUGAGUGAUGUAGUAAAUGUAGUUAAGAAAGUGAAAAAGAAUGAAAUGUAAGAAAAGAAGAGAAAUUAAGUGUUGAAUUUAGAAUAAUAAAUAAAUGUGGAUAAAUUAAUUUAAAUUGUUGGAUACAAUUUUUAAUUUUUAGGUAUUUUAACAACAAAUACAAUUGAUUUUUAUUAAAUACCUUUUAAAAGAAAUGGAGUUUAAAUAUUGGAUGAUGAGAAUAAAAAAAGAAUAAGUUACUAAGAUAAAUAAUUGAUUUCAGCAUCUAUUUAAUAACAUUAGAAUGAUGAAUAUUCUUUGGUGAUUUAAUUUACUUAUUUAAAGAAAGAUUAGGAAUGUUAUAAGAAUCUAUUAAUAUACAAUAAUGUAUUUAAUUAAUAGGUUGCAUAAUUAAUAUUAGAUAUAUCAAUAAAAGAGAUAGCAUAUACAGAUUUGGAGAAUAGAUAAUUAUGUACAUUUUGUAAAGAUGGGUUGAUCAGAAUAUUUUAAUAGAAUGAUAUGGGAUAAUUCAAGUAUACUUAACAUUACAAUGUAGAAUAAUCAAUAGAGAGUGUAAUUAAAGUUGGUAGCAAUUACUUAAUAGGAGUAAUAAGUGGUGAACUUUUUAUAUUUGAUGGUAUUGUAAUAAGUUAAAUUGCAUAUAAAUUUAGUAAGAAAUGCACAUAAAUGAUUGUUGAUUUUAAUAGAGUAAUUUUGAAAAUGGAUGAUGAUGAUGAUAAUAAGACAUCAAUAUAUGUAUUAAAUUAGAAAUUAGAAAUAAUAGGACCAAUUUAUGAUGGAGAAUAGGUAAAAUGUUUAGAAUUGAUAAGAAGUUAUGAAAAUGAUAAAUUAUUCAUUUUUGGAUUAUGUAAUUCAAUAGAAAUAUAUAUUGAAAUAGAAAAUAAAUUGCAUUUGAUAAAUGUGAUUAAGAAUUAGAAAUUUACAUAAAUGAAGAAGAUUGAAAUAACAAAUGAAAACAUGGUUACACAAAAGUUUAUAGCAGGAUAGUAGAAUGGAGAACUAAAAAUAUUCAGUGUAGUUCCUGAAUAAUGAA